CCGUGCGCCAACCCCCUGUCGUCAUUACUUUCAUGAAAAUACAUCCUGUUCAUCCGUGCACGCUGGUUCUGCCCUUAUCAGGGCUCAAUGGCAACAAGCCACCGAGGCAAACCUCUGGGGUAGUCUUUCCUUAUCCUAAUUCUCAAAGCUUUCAACGCAGAGCUCUGUAGUGUGGUGGACGCUAGGCGGCUAGGAUCCCUGAAGGGAUGGAUAAUAGAGGUUAUUCCUUUUCCGAAGAAAGAGAAAACAACAGCCUUGGUCCAUGGCCGUUAUCGGUUUUGCUGCAAACCCUGUCGAAAGCCCAAAAACGGCUUGCUUGACCGGCUGCAGCCAUAAAAGCCCCUCAGCACAGACUGACCGCACAGGGCUUGAUAGCAGGCAGCUGACCACGCAGCGAUGGAAGCACAGGGCUAUCGGGCGUUUAGUGGCACUUGUGACAGACUGACAAGUGCAGGCGAGCAACUGAAAAGCGGCUCGGCGAGUCACUUAGUGGCGCGAGAGGACAAUUGCGGCAUGGCAGUGAGGGGAACCGAAUUGGCAAUCAUUGGCUGUCCCGUUGUUAGGCACACCGGCCCGCUCCGCCUUAUUAAAAAGGGUAGCUUUUAA